CUCGCUAAAUUCCAAAAACGAUUGGAGCCGCCGCUAAGAAGCCGAUAGUUGUCCACUACCUCUGGUUUCUCCUGCUGCGCCCCUUCCAACUCCUUUCCCAGAACCUCAAUUUGAUGGUCUUUGGCGUUGAGUAGCACGUUUGCUUUAGCGAUUUGGUCUGUCAAAGCCUUGAUGAGUUUGGCAUGCAUCUCGUCAGCAAGCCCACGUUCCUGGCUCAGGAUCAUAAGCAUUUGCUUCUGCCGACUUGUCUCCACCAACGCCCUUUGCUUCUUGACGACCUCAUAUUCCAAUUCAUCAAUUCCCAGGUCUUUGGCGCGUAUACUCUGGCGGUGAAUCGCAAUAUAAUACUGGUUUCCAUCUGCCGCUUGGUAGGCAUGGUUCUAUGA